AUGGCUGUCCUGAACGACGGCGAAGCUUCGUGCAGUUCCCCAUCAGCACAUGGAGCUGUUCCUUGCAAACUUCCUCUACUGGACGGUGAACCUAGCAGUUCUGGUCAUACGAUCACAGCAAAGGUCGAGCUCAAACAAGCAGCAAGGAUCUGGGAGGCACGUCGACGAGACGCGGAUUCCCUCCAUGAGAAACUAUGCACUUCAUGGGCACUCCUUCUCCGGUGCUUUACGGGCCAAGACCAAAUUCAUUUCCACCUCAAUGAGCGCCACUAUACAGACACACAAACCUGUAUUCAACUGGCCUUUGCUGGUGAUGAGACUCUUCGCGAAUGCGCGGCAAAGACUGGAGAGACAGUGGGAAUCCUCGAGCAGAAGCAGGAGUCUGCAGGGAUAAGCGCCAUGACCGCAGCAUCCCCUGCUUCUGUUUCGCAGCUCGUAAACACUGCAGUCUGCAUAUACGGAGGCGGAACCGGGCGACUUGGCGCCAAGACGAACCAAGAGGAUUUGAAGGUGAGCUCACGAUUGAAGGAGAGUGGUGAUCGGCUUUCGAGGUGGUCUAACGAAUCGAAUAGGAUCAGUCGUUGUGUCUCGGUAGGCUAUUUGGAGAGCCUCGCGAGCACUUUCGGCCUUAUUCUGGAGACUAUGCAAUUAUCACCCAAUGUCCAGCUGAAGGACUUGGAAUAUCUUAGCGAACAUAACAAACGACAGAUCCAUGGCUGGAAUGAUGUCAAAUUCGAGCCCGUGGAUCGAUGCAUCAAUGAUUUCGUUCACGAAAAAGUUCUUGCGAAUCCACAACACGAAGCGGUAUGCGCCUGGGACGGAAGUCUCACAUAUCGCAAUCUCUGGAGAUAUGUACAAACACUUGCACAAUCACUAGUGGCACAAGGUGUCGGACCCGAAGUAAUUGUACCACUAUGUUUUGAAAAGUCAGUAUGGGCGACUGUCGCCAUGCUGGCUGUGAUGGAGGCAGGAGGUGGAUUUUGUCCUCUUGACCCCCUACAACCCCAAGACCGUCUGCGGAGUCUUGCUCAAAGGCUGGGGGCGAAGACUCUGCUAUGCUCUCGCAAAUAUGCAGGCACUAUGUCAUCAGUUGCAGAGAAAGUUGUCUCAAUUGACCAAGAAACCUUCGAUAAGCUUCCUGUGUCAUCAUCUCAAAGACUGCAUCGGUCGAAGCCGUCGAAUACAGCCUACGUCUUGUGGACGUCUGGAUCGACUGGAGAGCCUAAAGGCGUCGUCAUUGAGCAAAAAGCCUACUGCUCAAGCGCAAACGCCCACGGACCGGGAAUGUUUACAGACUCCCAUACCAGGGUCCUACAAUACGCAUCGUACGUGUUCGAUGCGUCCCUACAUGAAAAUCUUACAACUCUUAUGCUCGGUGGCACUAUAUGUGUUCCGAGCGAGCACCAAAAGCUCAACGGCCUCCCCGAAUUUAUCAAUGAAAUGCGCGUCAACUGGGCUUUGCUAACGCCUUCUGUUGUCAACUUCCUGCAUCCUUCUACAGUUCCUGGCCUCAAAACUCUUUUACUAGUGGGGGAAGUCAUGAGUCGAGAACAUAUGAAUACCUGGUCAGGGAUCCGACUUAUGAAUGGGUACGGACCGGCAGAAUGUGCGGUGGCGUCAACAGUGAAUACGAAUGUGCCCUUGCAUGGAGAGGCUACACUUGUCGGUCACGGAUUGAAAGUCAAGACUUGGCUCGUCGACCCUGAUGACCACAACCGACUUGUGCCUCCCGGAUGCAUUGGAGAGCUUCUCGUAGAAGGUCCGACCUUGGCAAGAGGUUAUUUAAAUGAUCCAGUACGAACACGAGACGCUUUCAUUGAGGAUCCAGCUUGGGCACAACUCAAGGGAGGGAAGCGUACUGUUCGGCGGAUGUACAAGACUGGGGACCUCGCUCGUUAUCAUACUAAGAAUCACAUGCUUUUCUUUGUCGGGCGAAAAGAUACGCAGGUGAAACAUCAUGGACAACGCAUCGAGCUCGGUGAGAUCGAGCAUCAUCUGUGUGCAUGCGAGUCUGUCGAGCGGGGUAUUGUAGUCAUGCCCAAGAACGGUCUUUGUUCCCAACGACUGGUGGCGGCUGUUUCUCUACAUGAAGGCAUAUUAGGAGCAUCUUCUGAAGAAAACGACCACCUUCAUUUGGUGGACAACAAAGGCCAAGAGAAAUCCCAAGUAAUCAUCGAACAGGCACGGAAGCAGCUUUCGGGUCUUCUACCGGCUUUCAUGAUGCCGUCAAUAUGGCUUGUAUUCAAUUCAAUCCCACUCUUGAAGUCCGGCAAACUUGAUCGAAAAAUGGUAUCAAAUUACAUCCAAGAUAUCAGCGAUACAGACUACUCGCGAUGGGUGCAAUCAGGGAAACCAGUCAAAGAAGAGAAGGCAGCAACGGAACUUGAAGAGCAGCUGAGGCUCAUCUGGAGUCAUGUACUCAAUCUGCAGCCUAACAUGAUUGGCCUGAGUCAAUCUUUCAUGAGUCUUGGCGGCGACUCGAUCACGGCGAUGACAGUCCAAAGCCAAUGCAAAAAACGCAACCUCGGAAUUUCAGUCCAGGAGAUCAUUCGCGCAAAGUCAAUUCGUCAGCUCGCCGGCUCUGCGCAAGCAGUGGGACAGCAGACGCAAUUUGACGAGAAAUUAGAUGAGGACUUCAGCCUCUCGCCGAUUCAAAGUCUGUAUUUUGAGCUCCCACGGGAGAAAGGGCACUUCAAUCAGAGCUUCUUUCUUCGGGUGACAAGACCCGUGGAGCCAGCGCUGAUGCACCAGGUGACGAAGACGAUUGUCAACCGGCAUUCGAUGCUUCGAGCUCGUUUCCGCCCGGUGUCGAAAGGAUUGGAAUGGAAGCAGAAGAUCACUUCGGACGUCACUGGAUCGUAUGCAUUCAAGCAUCACGAAUGUAACACCAAAGACGACACAGUGCCAGCAAUGUCCCGAAGUCAAGCCUCGCUCAAUCCGGAGAAAGGGCCCCUUUUCGCGGUAGAUCUUUUCGACGUCAAAGAUGGGACUCAACUCCUUUUCAUGACUGCGCACCACCUUGUAAUAGACCUCGUAUCAUGGCGCGUAAUUAUGGAAGAAGUAGAGGAGCUUCUCACCAACCCAACGGCUGGCUCAGCAGCGGAUCCAUCCAUAUCCUUUCAAGCCUGGUGCAAGUUGCAAUUCGACAAUGCGCAGGAAGUCCCAGUCAGCAAAGUCUUGCAAACAGACGAGAUCCCCGCGCAAUCUUUCUCUUACUGGGGUAUCAAUGAGGCCCAAAAUACAUAUGGGAAUGUGAGCUGCCAAGGUUUCGAAGUAGAUACCGCCACAACCGCUGUCAUCGUCGCCGGUUGUCACGACCCGCUCCGUACCGAGCCGCUCGAUGUCUUACUAGCCGCGAUGAUUUAUUCUUUCUCAAAGACUUUUACUGACCGGCCGUCGCCUGCAAUCUUCAAUGAAGGCCAUGGUCGGGAGGUUUGGGACAACUCCAUCGACCUGUCUCGAACCGCUGGCUGGUUCACGACUUUGUACCCUGUCUUCGUCGCCACUGCUGGAUCAGAAGAGUUCAUCGACGUCCUUCGGCAAGUCAAAGACUAUCGUCGCUCCGUGCCUGGCAACGGACGACCUUACUUUGCAAGCCGCCAACUCACCAGGCAGGGAGCCCGAAGGUUCAGAGACCACUGGCCUUUGGAGUUCACUUUCAACUACUUGGGCACCUACCAACAGCUGGAACGCGAAGGUGCCCUCCUCGUGCCUGCUGAAGAGAUGGCGGGUGAAGCUCGCGCCGCUGGCGGCAAAGCAGACUACGGUCAUGACACACUACGUUUCGGUCUCUUCGAGACGUCGGCGGUUGUUGUGCAGGGCAAGCUUCGCUUUUCAUUUACGUUUAACAAAAACGGAAAACACCUUGAAAAAGUUGGUGCCUGGAUCACCGAAUGCGAAAAAGUUCUGUGUACGAUGCCGUCGAAGAUUGCUCAGAUGGUCUAUCAGCCUACCUUGAGCGAUUAUCCUCUCCUUUCCUUGAAUUAUGAUACCCUUCGAAAACUGACUUUAGAGAAACUUCCCUCGCUGGGUAUUGACAUAGGUAACGUAGAUGAUAUUUACCCCUGCUCACAGGUACAGCAGGGUCUACUAAUUAGUAUGAAAAGAGAUGCUGGCCAUUAUGCAAUCGCUGCUACUUACGCAGUGAAACCAAGAGCCGGAGAACGGACCAAUGCUGGUGCCGUAGCAGCGGCGUGGCAGACUGUCGUUGAUCGACAUCCUUCACUCAGGACUAUCUUCAUUGAAAGCUCGAGUGGUGGCGAAGCACUUUACGAUCAAGUCGUCCUGAAGAAUCUGAAAGCCGACAUUCCGCGCUUGACGUGCGACGACGAUGCCGAUGCUGGCCAAAUGCUGGAAAGUCAAGGCGUUAUGGAGCAGAACAAUACUGUUCCCGCACAUAAAUUUACCAUUCUUGAGACUUCCGAAGGGAGAGUAUUCUGCCAACUCGAGAUCAGCCACGCCAUCGUCGACGGCCAAUCACUCUCCACCAUCUUCAAAGAGCUUGUCUCCGCGUACGAAGGUCGCAUCUCGAGCGAGACAGGACCUCUUUACAGGGACUAUAUUGCCUUUCUGCAGGACAGCUCCCCCGAAGACAGUAUCAGUCACUGGGAGUCAUAUCUCACAGGUCUGGAACCCUGCUCUUUCCCAAUUCUGAACGACGCCGUUUCAAGUGAGAGGGUAUUACGGACACAGCACAUCAAUUUCGACAAAAUGGAAAUACUAGGAGACUUUUGCAAGACACACAGCGUUACAUUGGCGAAUGUGUUCCAUAUGGCAUGGGCAAUGACGCUUCAAUGCUACACCGGAUCUCAAGACGUGUGCUUCGGAUACUUGAACUCAACACGCGACUCUGCCGUUCAAGGUAUUGACGACCUCGUAGGAUACCUGGUCAACAUGCUCGUCUGCCGCGUCAAAUUUGAUACAGAAACGCCGCUCAUUACAGUCUUGCAGCAAAUUCAAAAGGAUCUUUCAGACAGCCAAGACCACCGACAAACAGCAUUAUCUGAGGUACUGCAUGCUCUGAAAAUCUCUGGUGACUCAUUGUUCAAUACCUCGCUUUCUUAUCGCAGACUACCGCCUGCCGUUGCACCUGAAAACCGCGACAUUUCUUUCGUUGAGUUAGCACCAUACUAUGAUCCCACAGAAUACAACGUCUCGAUAAACAUCGAGGUGGGUGACGAAAAAGCUGACAUCACCCUCGAUUACUGGACUGAUGUUAUGUCUGAUGGAAAUGCUACGUUCGUCGCAAACAAUUUCCUGCAUGCCAUACAGAACAUCAUAGAGCACUCGGAGACUAAAACUCGGCAGCUGAAUACCGUAAGUGAUUUCGACCAUCGCCAAUUUCUGAGCUGGAACGAGAAUAUGCCGCCUACCAUCAACCGAUGCAUCCACGAUGUUGUGUCUGAUCAGGUCGCACUCUACCCCGACAAAGAAGCCGUCCGAGGAUGGGAUGCGGCAUUCACCUACGCUGAGCUUGAUGCGCUAGCAGGGAAACUUGCGAGCCAUCUCAGCCACCUAGGCGUAGGUCCAGAGUCAUUCGUCUGUCUCUGUUUUGAAAAGUCUGCAUAUACCGUCGUCGCGCAGCUGGCUGUGCUGAAAGCUGGCGGUGCCUUUGUCUCCUUAGACCCAAUGCAUCCAAAGGCGGCAUUUGAGCUGCGGAUCAGUGAUACUCAGGCCCGAGUCAUAAUGUGCUCACCGUGUUAUAAAACUCUCUUUGACAGCAUGGAGCAACAUAUCAUUGCGGUGGAUCAGCCCUAUCUUAAUGACCUCAAGCAUUUGCAAACCAUAGGUCGAAAUCCAGUUCAACCACAUAACCCAGCUUAUGUCAUCUACACAAGUGGCAGCACGGGAAAGCCAAAGGGUGUGGUGGUAGAGCACCGGGCGUUUGCUACGAGUGCCAAGGCUCACGGUGACGCUGUGGGCUUUGACAACAAUUUCAGAUCUCUGCAAUUCGCGAGCUAUACUUUUGAUAACAGUCUUGAAGAAGUGUUCACGACGCUGCAACGUGGUGGUACCGUUUGCGUGCCAUCCGAACAUGACCGUAUGAAUGAUCUUGCAGGCGCGGUGUCCAGAUUGGACGUGAACUUUAUGGAUCUCACCCCCACUGUCGCAAUGUACCUCAAGCCACUGGAAAUGACGAGAGUCAAGAAGAUGGUCCUCGGAGGUGAGGCAAUGACGAGAGCUGUCUUGGAAGUAUGGGGGGAUCACAUCGAAAUCCACAAUAUGUACGGUCCAAGCGAAUGCUCCGUCAACUCCACGCAUAGGACGAACAUCCAGAAAGACAGCGAUCCUUCAAGCAUCGGACACGCCAUUGGCAGUGUCUCCUGGGUUGUCGAACCGGACAAUCAUGAUCGCCUCGUACCUCUUGGCUGCGCUGGAGAGCUACUACUCGAAGGACCUAUUCUGGCUCGAGGCUACUUGAAUGACAAGGAAAAGACAGAUAAAGCCUUCAUCGAGAAUCCAGCAUGGACCGUUGAUCAAGGUCAAACACCCGGUCGGCGCCGCAUGUACAAGACUGGUGAUCUCGUUCGAUAUAACUCUGACGGCUCUCUCGCCUUCAUUGGCCGCAAAGAUCAGCAGAUUAAAUUCCAUGGUCUCAGGAUCGAGUUGGGCGAGAUCGAGUACCACAUACGCAGCAAGCUACCAGCCGAUUGGCAAUUCGGUGUCGAGCUCGUCACCCCUGGUGGCGGUCAAAAGGCUCUUGCGUUGUUUGUCUGUCCGCAGUUUAACGAAACCGCUACAGCAACUGCUGGCGAGAACGGUCUACUACCAAUCUCAGGCUCCUUGCAAACGACUUUCAAUGAAUUGAAUGCAGCUUUGGUCGAGUCUCUCGCAAAGCAUAUGAUUCCCUCGGUCUACGUGCCUCUACACAAGCUACCUUUGAUGGCGUCUGGAAAGCUUGAUCGAAAGCACUUGCGCGCUACUGCACAAAACUUCAAUGAGAGUCAAUGCGCCAUGUAUAGGCUCGCCAGCAGCAGCGGCCAGAUGCCCUCGACAAAGCUUGAAAAGACUCUGGCCGGGCUCUGGGAGACUGUACUCAAGUUCGAGGCUGGAACUAUCGGCAUGAACUCGCAAUUCUUCCGUAUGGGCGGCGAUUCAAUCUCAGCUAUCCGACUUGUCACUGCGGCUAGGGAUCAAGGCAUCAAUCUCACGGUUGCUAAUAUCUUCCGGAACGCUACUUUGUCUGAGAUGUGUGAGACUGCUCAAGUCUCCGAUGCGCUGACGAAGUUGGAUCAUUCGAUACCAAAGCCUUUUGAACUCUUACCUGCGAAAGUGCCGCUGAGUGAAGUUCAACGUGAUGUUUCUCGACUCUGCAACGUUGACGAGAAACAAGUUGAGGAUAUCUAUCCCUGCACACCCAUGCAAGAAGGCCUCAUCGCUUUGAGCAGCAAGAGACCCGGCGCUUAUGUUGCCCAGACAGUCUAUCGUCUUUCUUCUGUCAACGUCGACAGGUUCAAAGUGGCUUGGCAGGCUGUCGUUGCAGAAGAGAAUAUUCUGCGAACCCGUAUUGUGUUCACUGAGUCUCUGGGUUUCUUACAAUCUGUGGUCAAUGUACCAGUCUCGUGGACGGAGCUGGAAAGCUUGGAUGAUAAAUACGAUACCCGCAAAUUCCAGGAAUCAUAUAGUGGCGGCGGAUUGACUGAUGUUGCCAUCUUGAGGGACAGCGACGAGAAGUUUCAAUUUGUGCUUACCAUUCAUCAUGCCUUGUAUGAUAGAUGGUCGAUACCAUUGAUCUUGCAGAAGGUUCGAGCGUUCUACGACCGUGGGUCUACUGUAGUUUCCUCAACAAAGGCGGCAGUCUAUCCUCAAUUCAUUCGAUUCAUUUUGAACGACAACAAAGCAGAGUCCACGAACUUCUGGCAGCAACGACUAGCUGGCACUACAUCGCCUCAAUUUCCUGCGCUACCGAAGCCUACAUACCAACCCAACCCAACGGGUCGUCUGCUGAGGUUCAUGUCAAUGUCGCGAAAGCGCGGCGCCGAAAUCACGACGCCAAUGCUGAUCCGAGCCGCUUGGGGCCUGACUAUCUCAGCGUAUUCGAACUCGGAAGACGUCAUGUUUGGCGAGAUCUUCUCCGGUAGGGACACCCCAAUACCAGGCAUCACUGACAUGACUGGUCCUGCUUUUGCUACUGUGCCUAUCAGAAUCCAGGCCAAGCGCGACCUUAAUGUAGGACACUAUCUGAAGCGCUUCCAAGAGGAAUUCACCGAAGCAUUACCAUACCAGCAUAUGGGGCUGCUGAAAAUCAAGCGUAUCGAUGAUGACACUAACAAUGCGACCGAGUUCCAAAAUCUGAUCUCCAUCAACAACGAGGUACCCGAUACGGCGGACUUCUUCCAGAUCGAAGAGGCAGCAGGGUCUGGAGCUGCCUUCUUUACCUACGGACUUACCGUAGCUUUCGAUGUCCAUGCCGCAGAUAUUGAGAUGGACGCUCAUUUCGACCCCGAGUGCAUCUCAGAGUGGCAAGUCGAGCGGCUGAUAAAAUACUUCGAGUGUGCUCUGACCCAGCUCAACGCGCCCGAAACGGCAUCUUCUCAGCUCGACCAAAUGCGCAUGCUUCUCGCAGAAGAUGAAGCUGUCAUCAGAAAAUGGAACAGUGUAUCGCCAACAUACGUGGGUACUUGUGUGCAUGAGAUCGUUCGCAACAACGCAGAAAGUCUCCCGAGAUCGAAUCCUGCCGUUUGCGCAUGGGACGCUCAACUUACAUAUCGUGAGUUGGAUGCUGUUGCGACGUCUUUCGCGAACUAUCUGCGACAAAUUGGUGUGAGUCACGGCAGCUAUGUGCCGAUCUGCUUCGAGAAAUCUGCUUUGACAAUCAUUGCGAUGUUGGCAAUCAUGAAGGUUGGAGCUGCGUUCGUUCCUAUCGAUGGGGCAGCCCCCAAGGCUCGCCUUCAGGGUAUCGCGCAAGAUGCUGAUGCUACUCAUGUCCUUUGCUCCCCGAAAUACAAGGAACUUUGCGACUCACUUGGCGCUAAAGCAAUUGUGGUUGAUCAGAAGGCUGUCUUCGAAUGCCCCAAAGAUCUCAGAUCCCUUCCUGCUGUCAAAAGCGACGAUAUUGCCUACAUUAUCUUUACUAGCGGUUCUACAGGCAAACCUAAAGGCACUCUGGUCUCUCAUUCCGCAUUCUCUAGCGGUGCGCUCGCUCACGGCGCGGCUAUGGGAAUGCAAGCAACAUCAAGGGUGCUUCAGUUCGCCUCAUACACCUUCGAUGCGUCGGUCAUGGAAAUUCUAUCUACCCUUCUUGUGGGUGGCUGUGUUUGCGUACCAGACGAAAAGACACGCCUCGACGACGUAGCCAAAGCGAUUAACGACCUCGGAGUCAAUUGGGCUCUGUUGACUCCGUCUUUCGCUAAGCUCUUGUCGCCUGCUACGGUUCCUGGACUGAAGACAUUGGCGCUGGGUGGAGAAGCUAUGUCUCAAAGCGACGUUCUCACCUGGGCUGGCAACACUCGCCUUGUGAAUGCUUACGGACCCAGUGAAGCUGCUGUGGUGGCGACCGUGCAACCUCAUGUCACUAUUGACUCCAAAUUCUCUAGUAUUGGGAAAGCAGUUGGCAGCAGAUGUUUCAUCGUCAACAAAGACGACCAUGAGGAGUUGGUUCCCGUCGGAGCUGCAGGUGAGCUUGUGAUCCACGGUCCGAUUCUGGCCAGUGGGUAUCUCAAGGAAAAGGCAAAAACUGAAGCCGCUUUUGUCGCGACACCCAAAUGGAUGGAGAAGUUCCAAUUGCCAGAGACCCAAGCUUAUCAGAAGAUAUAUAAGACUGGCGACUUGGUCAGAUACUCUGAAGACGGCUCAUUGCUGUAUUCCGGCCGAAAAGACAACCAGACUAAGCUAAAUGGUCAGCGCUUAGAGCUUGGUGAGAUUGAACAUCAUCUACGGCAAGACCAUUCGGUAAAGCAUGCGCUUGCUCUCAUCCCCAAAGCUGGUCACUUCAACAAGCGACUAGUUGCUGUCAUUUCAUUGACUGAGGAUCUGCCCACAAGUAUCUCGCAUGAGGAGCUCGACGUCGUGGUGCAGAAAGAUUCCUCAACGUACGUUCAGCGCGUUCGAGACUAUCUUCGCAACCAACUUCAGCCUUUCAUGGUUCCUUCAAAUUGGGUGACACUGCAAAUUAUACCCAUGAUGCCAAGCGGUAAGCUCGAUCGCAGAAAGAUUACAACGUUCCUUGAGACACUACCUGAUGAGGUCUUGAACAAGAUCUCUGGUGACGAAGGUCAGGUGGUCGAUGGGUCUGGUAACGAGAUUGAGAAGAAGCUGCAGCAGAUCUGGGCAAAGGCUCUCGAUCUCCCAGUCGAGAAGACGGGGAUGGACAAGAACUUUUUGUUCCUUGGUGGCGACUCUAUUUCUGCGCUUCAAGUACUGUCGCAAUGUCGCGCUGAGGGCAUCAGUGUGACUGUCCAAGACAUCAUUAGAAGUACAUCGAUUCGACAGCUAGCUUCCAAUGUCAGUGUGGCGCAGACGGUAUCGUUCGGUAAUGAGCAAUAUGAUCGGCCAUUCAGCUUGUCGCCAAUGCAGCGACUGUAUUUCGAGUGGGUCGGAAAUCACGGCCAUCAUUUCAAUCAGAGCAGCGUUAUGCGCUUGUCGCGCAAGAUGGGGUUGGAAGAGGUCUCAACAGCAAUCAUAGAGCUCGUGAAGUUGCACUCUAUGCUUAGAGCGAGCUUUGAGAAAGACAGAAGUGGUCAGUGGGCGCAGAAAGUUGAUAAGGAGCCUAUGAAAUCCUACCGCAUCAAUCAUCACCCGGGCAAAACCACGGCGGCGCAGAUAGGCUCCUCUGUCGAGAUCACGCAGAGAAGCCUUAAUAUCCAAAAGGGGCCAAUCUUCGCUGUCGAUCUGUUCGAGUCUGACGAAAGUGGCUCGCAGGUACUUGCUCUUGUUGCACACCAUCUCGUGAUCGAUAUUGUGUCCUGGAACAUUAUUCAAGAAGAUCUUCAGGAUCUCUUAACAUUCAGGAAGGCAAAAUCUCCUGCUUCACUUCCGUUCCAGAUUUGGAAUGGCUUGCAGGAAAAGCGCGCCCAGGAUGAGGCCACAUCUGGACUGAGUUUCGACCAUGAAGUCCCACUAGCAGACCUUUCGUACUGGGGAAUGGCAGACGCUGCGAAUCUAUAUGGAGAGGUCAAGACUCUUGAACUAGAAGUCGAGGCAAAAACAACGGAAAGCUUACUGGGACCAUGCAAUCGUGCAUUGGAUACCGAGCUGAUAGAUGUCUUACUCGGCUCUAUCCUCCUCUCGUUCUCAAGGACAUUCUCGGACAGGCGAGUCCCUCCAGCAGUCUUCAAUGAGGCCCACGGUCGUGAGCAAUGGGACUCAAGCAUCGAUAUCUCACAUACUAUUGGAUGGUUCACGACUAUUAGUCCCGUGUUCCUGCCCUCUGAAGCCGGCAAAGAUAAUGACAUUGUCAGUACACUUCGAUGGGUUAGGGAUAUAAGGAGUCGCACAAGCGAGAAAGGGCGGCAGUAUUUUGCGCAUCGAAUGUUGACUGGGAAGGGCAGGGCUGACUUUGCGGCUCAUUGGCCUAUGGAAAUAGCCUUCAAUUACUCAGGCCAGCAGAAGAAGGGCCGUCAUGAUAGCGGCGCCUUACUGCAGACUAUGGAUGAGCUUUCUUCACGAUCUGAUGUCGGUCCAGAGAUACCACGAUUUGCACUCUUCGAGAUCUCUGCAGGCGUGGUCGAUAAUGCGCUGCAGAUGUCACUGACUUUUCCUCGCAAAAUCCGGCGUCAGCACUCUAUCCAGCUAUGGAUGACGGGAUUGAAGAAGAUGCUGCAGCGUGCCUCACAGGAGCUUCUCAAAGUCAAAUCUGAUGCUGCACAGUACAACUUCCCUCUUCUACCAUUGACGUACAAAGGCACGGAGAAAUUAGAGGAGAGAGUACGUUCAGUAGGUGUUGCUUCGCUUGCAAACAUCGAGGAUGUUUAUGCUUCUUCGCCGAUGCAACAAGGCGUUCUUCUCAGUCAAGUCAAGAAUCCUGGGCAAUACAUGUAUCAAAACAUCUUCGUCGCCCGCUUUGCCAACUCGGCUACCCUUAUAGACUCAAAGAAGCUCGCGAGGGCUUGGAGAAUGGUCGUACAGACGCACCCAUCCCUCCGAACUGUCUUUAUCGAAAGCUUGUCGAAGGAAGGCUUGAUGGACCAAGCUGUCGUCAAGAGUAUUGAGCCAAAUGUUGUUUCACUUCAAUCGCACGCAGCCAACGCAAUCGAAACUCUGAAGAAGCAAGAACCUAUCAAUUUCUUCGGACCACAGCCGCAUCAUCGCUUCACUACAUGUGAGACGACAUCUAGGAAGGUAUUCUGCAAGAUCGAAUUGAGUCACGCUGUCUGUGACGGAACAUCCGUUGCCAUCAUUCUCCAAGAUCUUGCACGUUUCUACAAUACCACGACGGAUGAAGUCGUGCCCGCACCAACGAAUCGGGACUUCAUCUCGUGCAUAUCAAAGACCUCAUAUGACUCGAAUCUUACAUACUGGCGGCGCUAUCUGCAGAAUGCCGAGCCUUGCUCCUUCCCAACGUUGCUAGACAGCGUUAGCCCCAAGCGCGAGCACCGCUCUUGUGAGCUCAAGUUGGAAGACCUUACUGAAUUGCACUCGUUCUGCGCUCAGCGAGGUGUCACUCUAUCCAACCUUCUGCAGCUAGUAUGGGCUGUCGUGCUUCGCGUGUACACCGGCAACGAUAAUGUAUGUUUUGGGUACAUCAGCGCAGGACGCGAUGUCCCGGUCGAAGGAAUCCAGAAUGCCGUUGGCCUUUUCAUCUCAAUGUUAGUCUGCCGCAUAGAUCUGAGCAGCGAAAUGGCGGUAAGAAAGGCGCUAGGUCAGGUACAGAACGACUACAUCCAGAGCACCACUCACCAAGCUUUCUCGUUGAGUGACAUUCAACACGAGCUAGGCUCCGGCGUUGCUCUCUUCAAUACUGUCUUCACUUUCCAAAGACGAUUCAACGCGAUCAAGCCUGAAGGUGACGAGCUCCUUUGCGACGUCUUACAUGCUUAUGAUCCAGGCGAGUAUCCCCUCACUGUCAACGUUGAGGCACUGGAGGCCGGUAUCGAUGUCUCAUUCAAUUACUGGACGGACUUCUUAUGCGAUACCCAAGCUACGAACAUCUCAGAGACAUUUGAACAAAUCUUACUCUCGAUGUUGACGACUCAGAAUAAGCAGCAAACAAUUGGUGCAAUUGAGACCUGCAGUGAAAGCCAUCAGCAGCAGAUCUUUGACUGGAAUGAUCGGCCAUUGCCGAAGGUCGAUAAAUGCGUGCACGAUGUCAUCUAUCAGCAAUCACAGACUCUGCCGCUUACCGCCCCUGCGAUCUGCUCUUGGGACAUGAAUCUCACAUAUGUCAAGCUUAUGUCCUUGUCGAAGCGACUCGCGAAGCACUUGGUAUCUCUUGGUGUUGGCCCAGAGAAAUACAUCCCGCUGUGUUUUGAGAAGUCCACCUGGGCCGUAGUAGCCAUGCUAGGUGUGCUGCAGGCCGGUGGGGCAUUUGUUCCCCUGGAGCCUUCUCAUCCCGAUAGCCGCAUCAAAUACAUUAUCGACAACGUUGGAGCGAAGAUCGUCCUCUGUUCUGCUAGGUACAGAGAGAAGUUUGCGGACAUACCUGACCUCAGCACCUUUGUUGUGGAUGAGUCUUUCCAACGACUACCGUUGCCUCCUUCCGCCGGAGCAACGAAGUCAUUGACUCCAGCCAACGCAGCAUAUUUAAUCUUCACCAGUGGGACGACGGGGAACCCUAAAGGAACAAUCAUUGCUCAUCACGCAUUCGCAACUGGUGCCACAGAACAUGCGCCUGCGAUUCUCAUGCGUCAGAAAUCCCGCGUUCUUCAAUUUUCAAACCUCUGCUUUGAUGCCUCAGUCAUGGAAAUUCUCACCACUCUUAUGACUGGAGCCUGCAUCUGUAUUCCAAGCGAUGAAGAACGCAUGAACAACAUCAUUGGAGCCAUCAAUCGCAUGUCGGUGACAUGGACACUCUUGACACCUUCAGUAGCAAAAAUGCUAACGCCGGAGAGCGUCCCCACACUGGAAGUCCUCGUGACUGGCGGUGAAGCAAUGCAAACGAAACACAUCGAAAAGUGGCGCAACUCGACUGCUCUUGUCAAUGCGUAUGGCCCUUCUGAAUGCGCUGUCAUUGCCACUACGAGUACAAAAGUUGAUCUGGGCGGAUCACUCUUGGAUGAGGAUCCAGCAAAUAUAGGUCGCGGCAUAGGUGGUCGAGCUUGGGUUGUCAAUCCUCAAGAUCACAAUCAACUUAUGCCGAUUGGUAGCGUCGGGGAACUUGUCGUGGAAGGCAACACGGUCGCGCGUGCCUAUCUCAAUAAUGAGGAGAAGACUAGCAAAGCCUUUGUCCCUCGUCCUGCAUGGAUGAGCUAUGACGAGGAAGAUGUUGCUAGCGGCCAUUCAACAUUAAUCUACAAGACUGGUGAUCUAGUUCGCUACAAUGCUUUGGGUGAGAUCCUCUACGUCGCGCGCAAGGACACCCAGAUCAAAAUGAAUGGUCUGCGCAUUGAGCUGGGAGAUAUUGAGUAUCAUGUCAAACAGCAUCUUCCCGAGCGAGUGGAGGCGGCUGUGGAGAUGGUCGCUCCAGCUGGUCAGGGCAACGCAAUAGCAGCCUUCCUAUACCACCCGGAUGCUGCAAAGCAACAGACCUCAGACGAAGACGCCUUGCUUCUUCCAAUGUCCGAGAAAGCUACUUCACUUGGCAAAGCCCUCAAGUCCAAGCUUUCGGGCUCGCUUCCAUCCUACAUGGUCCCUUCACUUUUUGUACCUGUAUCACGUAUGCCGUGGACGGCGUCGGGCAAACUUGACCGCCCGCUCCUGAAGAAGAUAGUCAAGACUAUGGCUCAUUCUGACUCUGUCCCGUAUAGACUGGCAGCCGCCGCUGGCAAGAAGGAGAAGACUCAAGAAGUGGCCACAGAGAUGGAAAAGACAUUGCAACGCCUUUGGGCUAGUAUCUUGAACGUCAAAGCUGAUUCAAUUGGUGGCGACGACAAUUUCUUCGCAAUCGGUGGGGAUAGUGUCACUGGUAUGCGACUAGGCGCUGCAGCUCGAGCGGAGAAGAUCUCUCUCAGCUCACUCGAUAUUUUCCGAAAGCCUACUUUGGCGGAGAUGGCUACGACCUGCACUGUGAUUGAGGAGGAGAAGCAAAAAACUCUCAAGCCCUUUAGCCUUCUGUGGGAGGUUGAAUCCCUUGAGCUGUUGCUCGAUGAGAUUGUUGGACAAUGUCAGAUACAGAAGGACCAGAUCGCCGACGCAUAUCCUUGCAGUCCUCUUCAGGAAGGCCUCAUCACUCUCUCAACCAAACAGAGUGGUGCUUAUGUUGCUCACAACGUCUUCCGCUUGCCACAGUCGAUCAAUCUUGACCAUUUCAAGGCGGCUUGGCAGACUGCUUUUGAGGAAAUGGACAUUCUCAGAACGAGAGUGUUGCAUACGAGCAAUGACACUUUUGUACAGGCUGUGAUAAGCAAUGAGCAGAUUCAAUGGCGCUACCCAGAUUCCACGGAAGAAGCUUCCUCUGUUCAACUUCCGGAAAGUAAUGGAACCCCACUGGUGCAAUUUGCCCUCGUGACCGACUCAAAGUCACAAGACCACUUCUUUAUCUUUUCGACUCAUCACGCUGUCUAUGAUGGAUGGAGCAUGCCUAGAAUGUUGCAACGCGUGGAGGAUAUCUAUUCUCAAGGAUCUCUGCAACCAUUUCAGGCUCCUUACGCCCAUUACAUCGACUAUAUUCUGCAAAGUGACAAACAAACCUGGGAACAGUUCUGGAGCUCGAAAUUUGAAGACUUGCAGACUGCGCAUUUUCCAUCUGUUUCGGCCUCGGAGUCUGAGGAGGUCGAAAUGAAAACGUUCAGUCACGUUGUUGAAAUGCCACAUAAGCCAAAAAUGCCGGGAAUCACUUAUCCGACAAUCGUGAGAGCUGCCUGGGCAAUCAUGCUCUCCGCACUCACCGGAUCUGAAGAUGUAGUCUAUGGUGAGACUAUGACUGGACGAGACAUACCUAUCGAAGGUAUCAUGGACAUGCUUGGGCCGACAUUUACUACGGUAGCAGCAAGAUACCAGACCAGGCCGGAAGCCACCGUGGCAGACUUUCUGCAGGAAGUCUAUCAAUCAACAGCAGAGAUGAUUCCACAUCAGCACAUAGGCCUGCAGAAUAUCCGACGAAUCAAUCAUGAGACAGCUUUAGCUUCUGAGUUCCGAAAUCUUCUAGUCAUUCAGACUUCUGAGGAUGAAGUUGACAGCAGCAAAUUGUGGGACCCGGUCGACAAUGGUAUCAGCUCCAAGUUCUUCAACUAUCCUCUUGUAUUGGAAUGUGAUACCAGUGAAUCGAGCAUUCGACUUGCCGCUCACUACAAUGAAUUCAUCUUAUCGGAAACAGAGGUGCAGCGGAUUAUGAAGCAAUUUGGGUCCGUACUACUCCAAGUGUGCUCCACUACUCCCGAAAGCUUGCAAAAAGUCGGUGAGGUAGAGGUCAUCAGCGAUGCGGACAUUACCGCCAUUCGAGAAGUCAACAAGUAUCUUCCCCAAACAGUGGAGCAGACUGUACAAGCGCUCUUCCUUCAGCAAGUAGAUUCGACUCCUCAUUCUCAAGCUGUUUGCGCUUGGAAUGGCAAUUUGACUUAUGUCGAGCUGAAAGAGAUGGCAGAACGACUUUCCGGCCACUUAAGGAGUCUAGGAGUCACCACCGAAGUGUAUGUGCCAUUCUGUAUGGAAAAGUCGAGUCUGGCUAUUGUAGCGCAGCUUGCUAUUCUGAUGGCAGGUGGUGCCAUCGUUCCUCUUGAUCCAGCGCACCCGUUGAGUCGGCAUACAGACAUCAUUCAAGAUACUGAGGCAAAGAUCCUUCUUUGCUCACCUGAGUAUAAGGAACGAUAUGAAGGGUCAGUUGAGAGGCUCAUGGUCAUCGAGGAACUCGCGUUAGAUAGCCUGAAAACAAAUCUUUCUCCGGCUGUGGAGGACACAACGACUACGAGCAAGAAUGCAGCUUAUGUCAUUUUCACAUCCGGUUCCACUGGACGCCCGAAAGGAGUAGUGAUUGAGCAUGAGGCGUUUUGCUCUGGCUCCGACGCAUACUGCAAGGCUCAAAUGAUGAGCUCAAAGUCACGAGUUCUGAACUAUGCUUCAUACACUUUCGAUGUGGCUAUGAUGGAGAUCUUGUCGCCAUUGACCUUAGGCGCAUGCAUAUGCAUCCCCAAUAGUGAUGACCUGAAAUUCGAUCUGUCGGCCGCUAUCAAGAAUUACGAGGUCACUUGGACGUUCUUGACACCGUCUGUGGCAAAGCUCGUGGACCCUGCACUCACGCCGUCGUUGAAAGUUCUAGUCUGUGGAGGCGAACCAAUGACAAUGGAUAAUGCUGAGCAGUGGGCUGGUGAGGUCAGGCUGAUCAAUGGCUAUGGUCCAACCGAGGCAGCUGUAAUCACGGUGACAAACAGUCGAGUAUCAGAAUUCAUGAACCCAAAGACUAUCGGCUUUGGACAUGACAAUGUUCGAACGUGGCUGACGGAUCCCAACAAUCCUAAUCGCCUGGCGCCCGUGGGCAGCAUUGGCCCUUGUCUCGCACGUGGCUACCUGGCAGACGAAGACAAGACUGCAGCAGCUUUCAUCGAGACGCCCGCUUGGAGUCAACGGUUCGAAAAUGGGCCGGAACGACUUUAUCGCACUGGUGAUCUCGUUUCUUACAAUGACGAUAUGAGUAUUGAAUAUAUCGGACGAAGAGAUAACCAAGUCAAGCUCAACGGACAACGACUAGAGCUUGAAGAAAUAGAUGCCAAGCUGAAGAUUCAAGAGGGACUACAACACGGUGUCACCUUCUUGCCCAAAGUAGGGCGGUGCAAGGGCCGUAUUGUGGCAGUAAUCUCGCUUUCCUCAAUCACGAGUGCAGCAAAGGCUACGGCCGCGAGCAAAUGCCUGCUCCUUGAAGAUGCGCAAAAGCUGAAGACAGCUCGCCAACAGCGGAAAGAGAUACAAGAGUCCUUGGUUGAGGAAUUGCCUUCAUAUAUGUGUCCCACUAUAUGGGUGAUCAUGCAAGAGGUUCCCAUCAUGGUGUCCGGCAAGAUUGACAAGAAAAGAGUGGAAAAAUACAUCCACGAAAUCGAUCAACGCGCCUAUAAUAUUGUCAUGACUGAAGAAGAAACUUCCUUUGGGCCUGUCGAGGUGACUGAAACUGUUAGACAGUUGCGCGAAAUCUGGGGCGCCGUUUUCAACAUUCCCGUCGAUGAAGUCAGUCUCAGUCGAUCUUUCAUUGACCUUGGAGGCGAUUCGUUGACUUCGAUGUCGAUUAUCAUGCGUUGUCGAAAGGCUGGCAUCAGCAUGUCAGUGCAGAAUGUGCUGCAGAGCAAGUCAUUAAUCCAGCUUGGGAAGCUUGUCGACUCUGAUCGCAAUCCUACAGCUGCUGGGAACAUACCGAACAUGGAGGAGAAGGUCGACGAGGCCUUCGAUCUAUCGCCCAUUCAGCAGCUCUACCUCCAGAUGCAAGGGCCCGAUAGCAGUCAUGCUGGUAGCCAGCGAUUCAAUCAAAGUCAGCUUGUCAAAAUCUCUCGCAAUAUCAGUGCUACCACUGUGAGGAAGGCUAUUGAGACUCUUGUGCAGCAGCAUUCGAUGUUUAGGGCGAGAUAUAUCAAGAAUGACAAGGGCAGGUGGCAACAGAAGAUCAGCCCGCAGGUUCUGGAAUCAUAUCGCUUCCUGGAGCAUGAGCUGGACGACAUUCAGCCCAUCGCGAAAGCGAUUGCAAACAGUCAAGCAUGUAUGAACGUCGAGACCGGACCACUGCUGGCUGUGGAUCUAAUGGAUACACCCACGGAAGGUCAAAUACUUUCAUUGGUGGCGCAUCACAUGGUCGUUGAUGUGGUGUCUUGGAACGUCAUCCUUCAGCAAUUAGAAGCCUUACUCAGCUUCGAUGUCCAGACAAUCGAGAAGCCUUUGUCUUUCCAAGUAUGGCUUGCCUUACAGAAGAGCCAUGCAACAGCAAAUAUACCCGAUCAGACUCAAGAGGCCCUCCCAUUCGAAAUCAAUCCAGCUGAUGAGAGUUUCUGGGGCAUGGCAGAUAGGCCUAAUGUCUACGGUGAGACAAAAAUAGAAAGUUUUGAGCUCGACAAAAUGACUACAGACUUGAUCUUAACAAAGUCGAACAAAGCGAUGGCGACGCAACCAAUUGAGAUCCUUCUUUGCGGACUCAUAUACUCUUUCCGUCGUGUAUUCCCUAAUCGAUCUGUUCCGACGGUGUUCAAUGAAAGCUACGGACGUGAGACCUGGGACUCAUCGAUAGAUCUGUCGGGCACGGUAGGUUGGUUCACAAGUCUAGCACCGAUACUGUUACCAAGUGAGAUUGAGAAUGAUAAUCUCAUGGACACUUUGAAGGAAGCGAAGGAUUUGAAGCGAAGUGUUCCCCUCAAUGGUCUGGAAUACAUGGCCCGUCGGUUUUAUGCCGCUGACCCGAAAGAUCGAUUCGAUGGUCACUCGCCCAUGGAGAUAAUGUUCAAUUACUUUGGACGUGGUCAGCAGCAGGGUGGUGAACAAGAUAAAGCUUUACUGCAGCCUUUCGACUUCCAACCGGUUGGCAUUGAUGAGCAAGCCCUAGGAGAUGUAGGACCACGUACUGCAAGAUUGGCUCUAUUUGAAGUCAGCGCUGCAAUGACCGACGAUCAGCUGAAGAUGACUUUCAUGUACAACAAGCACAUGAAACGUCAAGAGGGUAUCAAGCACUGGAUUAUCAAGUGCCAGCAAGUCCUCAUGGACCUCGCUGAGCACUUACUUGAUCAUGCACCGGAACCGACCCUUAGUGACUACCCAUUACUCCCCACCACCUACAAAGGCUUGACUAGGCUCACGAAAGAUACCUUUCCAAAGGCUGGGAUUCCUUCUAUCGGAGAGGUUGAGGAAAUGAUGGUUUGCGCUCCGACACAGGACGGCCUCCUACUCUCGCAGAUCAGAUCGCCCGAUUCUUAUCACAGCUACAUCAUCUCCGAGAUCAAGAUGGGUAAAGAUAUCCCAUUUGACGUUCAGAGACUUGUAGAUGCCUGGCAGAAAGUCGUCGACCACCAUCAGCUGCUCCGAGCUGUUUUCACAUAUAGCGCAUGCAAAGGUCAUGCAUUUGACCAAGUCGUUCUCAAGCAUGUCGAUGGAAGCGCCAAGGUCGUGCAUUGCGAAGAGGAAGCCUACGAGACGGAAUUGGCGAAGAUUUCUUUGCGGAAUGAAAACAAAUCUAGGGUUCCCAAAUCACCGCAUCAGAUGACUAUCUGCACCACGUCUUCUGGGAAAGCUUACGCAAAGCUGGAAUUGAACCAUGCAGUCCUUGACGGUCUUUCAGUAGGCAUAAUGAUGCGUGAUCUGGCUUUGGCCUAUGAGGACAACUUGGAGGAAUACCGACCAUUGUACUCUGAGUACAUCAAGUAUAUCAUGGGCCGUCCACUCAGCGUGUCAGCGAAAUAUUGGAAAGAAUCUCUGAGUGGUCUGCAAAGUUGCCUCCUCCCAGCCUUGAACGGUGAAGCCCCCGAGACCCGCCGACUAAACGCAGUCUACCUUGAUUUCAGCCAAUUUCCAGAACUGCAAUCGUUCUGCAAGAGUAAUGAGCUUACCUUCUCGAAUGUGAUGCUAGGGGCCUGGGGGCUCGUUUUGCGACAAUACACCCAUCAAGAUGAUGUUUGCUUUGGAAAUCUAUCUGCUGGUAGAGAUGCGCCGAUUGAAGGAAUACAAGACGCAGUUGGCGCUUUUAUUAACAUGUUGGUUUGUCGCGUCAAGUUCGGAUCGUCUACACCUUUGAAAGAUGUCUUCCGCAAGAUUCAGGACGAUUUUCUAAACAGCUUGCCCCAUCAACAUUGUCCGCUGGCCAAGAUUCAGCAUGAUCUCGACUUCGCUGGGAAGCCGAUGUUCAAUACUGCUUGCUCCCUUCAGAAUCAAAAGAUUGCAGGUGAAGAGGAGGAGACUGAGAAUACCAUUGCUUUUGAGCAAGUCUCUGGUCAUGACCCAACUGAGUUCGAGAUCACCGUCAACAUUCAUACCGCUGCAGGCUAUGAAGGAGCAUGCAUCAAACACUGGACUUCUCAUGUUUCAGUCGCGGAGGCGGAGAUGCUGACGGGAGCCUAUGCAGAUAUCCUCGAAGCUAUCUUACACCACCCUCAUCAGACAGUCGCAGAAUUCGAUCAAGAACAUAAAAAUAUGGCUUCGAAGUUGAUCCCCGCGCCCAGCAAUUCCAUCAAGAAGAAAGAAAAGCAGAAGGUAAAAACCCCUCAAGUCAACGAGGUCCGCGUCAAGGAGAUCGAAGCUAGCGAUGAGCCAAUGGCAGAGUCCGCAAGUGGUCCAAGUCAGGUCAUUCAGCCGACUCUACCUGCCCUCCCGCCCAUCCAGCCUAUCAUGCAGCCUGAGAUGUACCGUAGCCUCGUCAAAGAUUGCGUGCAAGAGGUUCUCGAACAACUCUUCAAGAAUGGCGACUUGGUUCGCUACAAGCCCGACGCGGCGCAGAUGACGAGUAUGGUGACUGACAAGGUGGAGAAACUCACCAGUCCCAAAGAAAUUGAGCCGCCUGCACCGAGCAAAGCCAUCGAGCCUGUGUCUGCAGCAUCCCAAGCCGUAUACAAAACAUUGCGGUCUCUGUGGAGUACUCUGCUUCAAAUGCCAGAGGGCAAGAUUCACAACGGAGACUCGUUCUUGGCACUUGGUGGCGAUUCGAUUCUUGCGAUGGAAUUGGCACGUACAGCUCACAACGGCGGAUUAGACCUUACUGUUGCGGACGUGUUCACUAAACCAAUUUUCUCAGACAUGGCAGAUUAUGUCACCGCAGUAGCUGAGCAGAAAGCUCAACAGACACAAGAUCAACCGGUCAUCGAUGACGCUGAUGCGAAGGACAUGGAACAACAAGCACGCUUCUCAUACUUUGGUGCCGCAAAUGUUGAGGCCUUUAUUCAAGAUUAUAUCUGUCCGAAGAUUGGUGUCUUCCGAGGUGGCAUUGUCGAUGUUCUCCCCGUCACUGAUUUCCAAGCCUUGUCUGUCAUGGGCACACUCAUCGAACCGCGCUGGAUGUUGAAUUACAUGUUCUUCGAUGGCCAAGGCUUUUUGGAUCUGACCCUUCUUCGACGAAGCGCGUACAAGGUUGUGCAGAACUUCGACAUCCUGCGCACAGUCUUUGUGCAUUGUGGAGAUCGCUUCUUGCAGGUGGUCUUACGCAACCUUCGGCCGCAAUUUCACGUAUAUGAUACAAAUGACGACUUUGAUGAAUUUACUCGGAAUCUCCGGGACACUGGCCGCGACUCCUUUCCCAGACUUGGAGAGCCCUUCAUUCAAUUCAAUGUUCUUAGGAAUAUCACGACUAUGAACCACCGCAUUAUCAUUAGAAUCUCACACGCUCAAUACGAUGGCAUGUGCCUCCCCAAGAUCAUCGACGCCCUGAAAGCAGGCUACGAAGGUCAAGAGAUAUUCCCCGCACCCUCCUUCGCUCAAUACGCCAUCCAAGCCGCCGGCCCCACAAGCAGAGACCACUUCGACUACUGGCGCACUCUCCUCCGUGGCUCGUCCAUGACCAGCAUCAUCGACCGCCAACAACCCCAAUACGACCUCUCGGACGUCUCCACCACCGUCCUGAAGAAAGAAAUCAAACUCCCCGCCCUCAACUCUAAGAACGUUACCCCCUCCACCGUCUUCAAAGCCGCCUGGGCACUCACCCUCGCCCAGCUUUCGGGCCGCUCAGACAUCUGCUUCGGCAACCUCAUCAGCGGACGCAACGCCUCCGUCCCCGACGUCUCCGACGUCGUCGGACCCUGCGUCAACAUCGUCCCCGUUCGCUUCAAACUCGAAUCGAAAUCUACAGCGCUCGAUCUCUUACGCCGCGUGCAAGCGCAGCAAGUAGCAGGUAUGUCGCACGAGAUCCUCGGCUUCCGCGAGAUCAUCCAGCAGUGCACCGACUGGCCCGAAUGGACCUACUUCUCCAGCAUCGUGCAGCACCAGAACAUCUCGCAAGACAUGCCGCUGCGGCUCGACCGCACGAAAUACAAGAUCGGCUUCCUCGGCAGCGGCGAAAACCUAUCGGAUUUCACUAUCGUCUCUACACCGAAAGACAGCGAAGGUACUGUGGAGGUGGCGCUAGGCUUCAUCGAAGACGGACAUAUCCCUACGGAAUUCGCGCAGAAGGCUCUUGAUAUGCUCUGCUCUUUCGCCCUCAACCUUGCCCGCUCCCCGAACUCCACUCUCCCCUCUUUCCUGAACGAACCUAAUCGCAAACCCGUACCGACCAUUCCGUCGUCCCUGCCUACCGCCUCCACCACCACCACCGCCACCGCCACCACGGCGGACCAAGACCCUGAACCCGAGCGCCCCUCUCUAGCAGCGACGCUCUCGGGCCUCAAGAAACGCGAGGUCUACGACAUCGCCGACACGCUCCGUCGCGCGUGGCGGAUCGUUUUGCCAAAGGGCAAGCAGUCGCUCACUUCCUCCAGCGAAUUCAACCUCGAUACGUCGUUCUACGACUUAGGCGGCGAUCUGAUCAGUCUGGCGUGCUUGAGCGCCUUCUUGGUCGAUGAGGGGUAUAAUAUCCGGUUGGAGUGUCUGGUGGAGAGGGCGACUAUGGGCGAGCAGAUUGCCUUGCUGAGUUUGAGGAGGGGGAGGGGCAGUUUGGAACGUAUGGGUGCGGGUGCGGGGAGGAGGGCCCAGGGGGUAGGGGUGGGCAUUGAGAGUACGAGUACGCUUGCGGAUGGGCAGGGGCAAGGGUUGCAGAGGGGUGGGACGAGAACAGGGACGGGCAGUGAUGGGCAGCGGAAUGGGGUCGGGGGUGGAAUUGGGGGUAGGGGUGGGAGAGAGCAGAAGAAAGCUGGGGAGAAGGAGAAGAAGGCGAGGUAUGGAGUUGGGGUUGGAGGGUUGGUUAAGAGGAUGGGGAUUUUGAGGGUGAAGGGGGUUAGGGUGUGA